AUGGAUAAGAGUCGUCUCGACCUAAUCUCUGGCUCGCCACUGCCUGACUUUAUCCUGGAUCGUCUCCUUUCUAGCAAUGCAGGCAACGUUGAGAAAACGCACGAGGACAAAGAAAUGAUCCCUUUCCAUCCAUCGUCUGCCGAUUCCGUGCAAUUCUGCAGGUUUCUUGACCUUCCCAUCGAACUCCGCCUGAUGAUCUGGCGAUAUCUGCUUCCGGAUGGAUGCUAUGUGCAGCUUCGUGCACCCUGUCAUUGUACUUCGUGCCCAUCCCAGCGUACCUGGGGGGUGGAUCGCCAAUGGCGUCUCCCAAACCCUGGCGGCCUUCUCGGACUGGGGAAGACCCGUCGUGACAAGCAGCCCGGCCCGUCAACAUUGAGAGUCUGCAGAGAGGCCCGAAAAGAGACACUUCAGCACUACAUCGCUCUGUUUGAAGACGAUUGUACAUUCACGACGGUAUAUUUCUCACCGAAAUGGGAUAUCCUAAGCUUAGAAAACUGCAUCGGGCCUUUUGUCAAAGAACUGCACGGCUUUGCUCCUAAAUUGAAGGAGCAACUAAACAUAGUAAAACGAAUCUCCUUUGGAGUGGGGGACAGCUCUCGUCGGAAUAAACGUGAUGGAGUCGUCGAGUUCUGGUUUUGUUUUAAAGGUGUUGAAGAGGUUAUUUUGAACCGUUACCAGCAUCAUCCGAUCGAUACAGUUGGCAUCCAAAAAAAGCUUCAAAGAUAUAGAGACCGCUUGGCGGAAUGGCAGAACUCGCCAAAGUGCCCCAAGAAUGCAAUUAAGACGAUUAAGGUCCUCACUUUCGAUCACGUGUUGCACGAAUUGCAACCCACCGCCGCGUCUUGA